AUGGCAGCAACCGAGAGAAGCGUCAAGUCCGUUGGAUUGAAGAUCGAGACGUCCUUUCAUCAUGGACAUAGAACUCGUUGGCGGGGUGAAAGGGGAGGACGAGAGGGAGCAGAUGACGGACGUGGUAACGAGGGCGACCGUACCAACAUCUUUCACGAUUAUGACACCCGCCGUUGCGGUACUGAUGAGGACCACAGUGUAUUAAGUAGCCUGUACUCCUCGACUCCUCCUAUCUCAGUCCCGCGUCAUGACGAUCACUUGAGACAAGAUGUCGAUUAUCCUCACAAACCUAAGGACAUUAAAGCCUCUCCCCUCGACUCCUUUCUUCAAGAGGACCGAUCGUCUCUUGACCUUGACCCUCCCAUCACCCUUACCCCCGGAAGACAGCACUCUGUGGAAGAGGAAUUUUCAGAAAGCGAAAGAAUGGCUCGAGUGCAGAGGUUUCAGCCGAAAAGCUCGAGCCUGCGGAAUACACUUCCGCGGGAUGACAAGGUCGCCAGCGGUAUGAACCAGUUAGGCCCCAGCCCUAGCCCAAGAAGAUACCGCGUACAAAAAGGCGUUUCUACACAGUAUUCCCGCGACAGCUUCUCAGAGAGUUCGAAUGAGGCUGUUAUCGAUCGACCUACUUCUCUUACAUCCGUCUCGACUGCCUCCGCCGUGACAGAGGAACUACAAACUCCUCCUGAAACUUCUCGCAGCAUGUUGCUGUCACCCAUCUGCAUGUUAUCUCCCGAACAAACCUAUGGGUCGCCUGAAGAUCGCAGCAACUCUUGGUCCGGAGUAUCUGCCACACCUUUUGGUCGCAAGUCCCGAGGUUAUCGAAGCUAUAAUCGCCAGCAAUCCCGCCGAUCGACUAUGUCGAGUGGGAAAUCACCUGCAAGCGCGUUUCUCUCGAUGUGGAGCGCACGGGAGGAGCCGGCACCGAAACCAGACGAUGAAGGACAGAUGGUCGGGACCGAAUAUGUCCUGGGGAAAGUUAUUGGCUAUGGAGGCUUUAGUACCGUAAAGGAAGCCUAUAAAGUCGAAGGAACUGGAGGAACCAAACGGCUGGCUGUCAAAAUUGUGAAGAAACAGGUCCCCGAUAAAACCGAAAAGGAAAACGAUGAGGUCCAGGCUGAGUUUGACCACGAAGUUCGCGUUUGGCGGUAUCUUAGCCACCCUAACGUCCUAGCGCUUGAUUCCGUUUACGAAACCGACUACGCUACAUUCUGUUUCACAAAGCUGGCGAUUGGCGGCACACUCUUUGAUCUUAUCCGCCAGAAUCGUAGUGGCCUUGAUCUGAAACUGGCUAAAAAGUACACCUACCAACUUGCCUGCGCCCUGCGAUACUUGCACGAAGAUGCUCGAGUAGUGCACCGGGAUAUCAAGUUAGAAAACUGCCUUUUGGACCCCUUUGAUAUGCCAGAUGGCACAAAGGCAUCGACCCUCGUGUUAUGUGACUUUGGCAUGGCAGAAUGGAUAAACUCCGACAAUGAAGAUGCUUCAUCCAACCCUUACGACAACGCAGGAGACCGCCCACCUCCGAAGAACAUUGGCCCCUCUGAAUCUAGUACUAGUGUUGCAGGUAGCCUAGAAUACGCAUCCCCAGAAUUACUCGACUCUAAAAAAGGAAUUAUCGACCCCUCAGUCGACAUCUGGGCUUUCGGUGUUAUCGUCUUCAGUGUUAUUGUUGGGUCCCGACCAUUCCAAGACGCAUUUCAACCUCGCUUGAUCUCGAAUAUCCGUCAUGGAAAGUGGAGCCAGAAAGCAGUACUUGAUAACGGAAGCGAUUCCGAGGUACGCCGGGACGCGCUGGAACUUAUUGCAGGAUGCUUGGAGAUGGACUAUCGCCGAAGAUGGACCAUUCGAGAUGUGCUAUCCUCUCGUUGGCUACGAGAGUUCGCCGACGAUAUGGAUGAUGGCUCAGACUCCGUGUGGAAGCUUUAA